GGCGGCGGGGGCGGCAGCGGCGGCCCGCUGUACGGCCGCCUCGUGGCCGAGGACUCGCUCGCCGCCGCCGACAUCCAGGCCAUGCAGGCCUGCAUCCCGCGCUACUUCCGCGACCCCGCGCACGCGCCGCUGCGCAAGCUCUCCGUCGACCUGAUCAAGACCUACAAGCACAUCAACGAGGUGUACUACGCGAAGAAGAAACGACGGGCGCAGCAGACGCAGGGCGAUGACUCUUCGCACAAGAAGGAGCGCAAGCUGUACAACGACGGCUAUGAUGACGACAACCACGAUUACAUCAUCAAGAAUGGCGAGAAGUUCCUCGACCGCUAUGAGAUUGACUCUCUCAUUGGCAAGGGCUCAUUCGGACAGGUUGUCAAAGCGUAUGACCACGAGGAGCAGUGUCAAGUCGCCAUUAAAAUUAUUAAAAAUAAGAAGCCUUUCCUCAAUCAGGCACAGAUCGAGGUAAAGCUGCUGGAAAUGAUGAACAAAGCAGAUGCAGACAACAAGUAUUACAUAGUGAAACUGAAGAGGCACUUCAUGUGGCGCAACCACCUGUGCCUGGUGUUCGAGCUGCUGUCGUACAACCUAUACGACCUGCUACGGAACACAAACUUCCGCGGUGUGUCACUCAACCUGACGCGCAAGUUUGCGCAGCAGCUGUGCACGGCACUGCUUUUCCUGUCAACUCCGGAGCUCAACAUCAUCCACUGUGACCUCAAGCCGGAGAACAUCCUCCUGUGCAACCCCAAGAGGUCCGCCAUCAAGAUCGUGGACUUCGGCAGCUCGUGCCAGCUGGGCCAGAGGAUAUACCAGUACAUCCAGUCUCGGUUCUACCGGUCGCCCGAGGUGCUCCUAGGAAUCCCAUAUGACCUCGCCAUCGACAUGUGGAGCCUCGGUUGCAUUCUGGUCGAGAUGCACACUGGCGAGCCACUCUUCAGUGGAGCCAACGAGGUGGAUCAAAUGAACAAAAUCGUCGAAGUCCUGGGAAUGCCACCAAAACACCUCCUCGACCAGGCGCACAAAGCGCGCAAGUAUUUUGACAAACUGCCGGGCGACGGCAGCUACGUGCUACGUAGGCCGAAGGAUGGCCGCAAGUACCGGCCGCCAGGUUCACGCCGGCUACACGACGUGCUCGGCGUGGAGAACGGCGGGCCUGGGGGUCGGAGGCUCGGCGAGCCGGGCCACUCUGUCAGUGACUACCUCAAGUUCAAGGAUCUCAUCCUCCGUAUGCUGGACUUCGACCCGAAGACAAGAGUGACGCCGUACUACGCCCUGCAGCACAACUUCUUCAAGAGGACAGCUGACGAGGGCACCAACACGGGCGGCAGCGGGUCGGCGCCCAACACCGCAGGCGCGAGCAGCUCGGCGGUGUUCGUGCCGCCCCUAGCGGGACCCCCCGACCCCCACAGGCCCGCCCCGAGUCCUGGCAGCGGAGGCGGUCCGCAGCAAGGUGUCCGGGCACGGUCAGAUCCGGUGGCGUGUACAGGAGUGGGCGCACCGCCGGGACACCCUCACGUAGUCGCAGCGUGCCCUCCCACGCUGCAGCCGCCCCCGGCGCCCCUCCACCAGCAGCAGCAGCAGCAGCAGCAAGUGCUGCCGAUGGAGUGUGACGGUCCUCCGAUCUCGGGACCCCCUGCGGCGUCGGCGCUGCGCCACUACCAUCCCCGCCACCGUCGAGGCCCGCCGCCGCCUCCUUAUGCGCCCGGCGAGCCGCUGCAAGUCGUGCAGCAGCCACAGCCGCAGCAGCAGCAGGUGGCGGUGGCCUACCACCACCGGGGUGGCGGGUACAGCGCAGGCGUCGCAGCACCGGUGUCGGCGUACCACCGCGGGUUCGUCCCGGCAGCUCUGCCCCCUCCACCCGUCGCGCCUGUCCCGGGACCCGCCGCAGAUGACGCGCCGGACCGGGACGACAGCCCGAUGGUUGGCGUGUGCGUCCGGCAGAGCCCGGUCGCCAGCCAUUAACGGCUACUGCUUCUUAGUGCUCGGCCGCCUGCCGCUGCGGCGUAUAUAUUUUUUUUACCGUAGGAAAGAAAAACGGAACUGUAGUUUCCGGAGGACGCGUGCGCCCCGACUGUGGCGUGGGGGAAGGGGAGGGUGGACGAGUCGCUGUGGACUGUGCUCUCCGCCACUCUGUGACUGCAAAAUCGCCUCCCCCUUUUAUUUCCCCGACUUUUGUCCUUUAGGGAAGAAAUUUGCAGCACUGUGGUGACCCCGUAUCAUUUUCCUGGCCCACGUCUCGCGUCUGUCUCCCCUUCCGCAUCCUCGCCCUCGAAAGUCUGCGGACGUGCUUUCCUCGGUGUCGUCCUUCCUCGAUGUCCCCCUCCCUCCACCUCGCCUCUCCUCCUCCGACCGCUUAGCCUCGUCUCGGAAGUGGCUGACCGGCACCCCGUGGGUUGUGGGUGUCACUUCCUCGGGUUUUAUUUCUCCCGCUUUGCUUCCCGUCUCGGAGGGACGGCUGUGGCUCUUCACUUUUACUCGUUCCAUCCCAGAUCGACACCCGCACACUGUGCACUCACGAAUGGCCCGUUUCUGUGCUUGUGGUAAAAUUAUUGCAGGAGACUUGUAGGAGGAUGUGUAGAAGAGGAAAAUAUUAAUACAGCUUAUAAAAUGCCUCAUUACCUUCAGUGUAGGAAUAAUAAGUCAGGAAAAUGUCAAAGAAAGAAACUGUUACCCUUAUGUACUUGACAAAGGCUUUUAUAAACAAAUCAAACUACACACGCUUUAAUUUAUUCCUCGUUUUAAGUGAAGUAUAUUUAAACUUGCUCAGAAGCUUGAAGAAUAUAAUAGGUGUGUUCUGUUGUCUCUGUAGCUUGUGAAACUGGGAAGUGCAUUUGUGAUUUUUUUUGAGUGCCGCUGUACAGUUUAUUAACAGUUUUGUUAUGUAUACUUUGCUGUUCUACUGUUUAUGUCCUAUGCUCUACCUGCCCAUUUCCCAUUUUCCUCUCCAGUCUGCUUCUGGAAAACUCAGUUAAAAGCACAACAGGCAACUACAUUUACGAGGUCCUCACUGACGAAUUGUUGAGGUAGUCGAUUUCCCAAUUUAGUGCUUUUGUUAAGUACUGUACACAUUUUUUGGAUAAUUGCCACUGUCAACAAAGCGACUGAAUCUCCUUGUCAGAACAGAAAUGAAAUCGCAUGUAUGGAACAUUUCUCGACAAGGAAUGAACGCAUUUGGAUGUGAUUGAAUGCUGGACUCUGUUCAUUGUAUCUCAAAGCUGUCGCGACAUUUUUAACGUCAUGUCGUCUUCCAAAUCACUGUUUCCACACCCUGCAGAUCCAGAUCCAGGUUUCUUGUUCAUGUGUACUUAAGAAAAUUUACAGGCUCAGUGCUUUUGAAUUUUGACAUUUGUUUUUAGAGUGCCAUGAUAUGCAUUUGCAUGUUGGAAAUAAAGACAGAUUUAAGAGUUACUUUCAGUAUUACCUGUUUCACAGUACAGUUCUGUUUCAAUAUUCCUAAGCUUUUUGUGACUACCUAUCCAAUAAAUGUAUUUUACUCGGCCGGUGUCAUACUGUUGGCAGUUGUUAAAAGGACAUGUAUUUCGAGUCAUCUGUCUCUGUUGUUGUGUACUGUGUUCAUAGUGAUGAAAAGUUUGCUGAAGCACGGCAGACAUGAUAAAAAAGAAAAAUUGUCCAGAACAAUUAAUUAAGCAAGCAAUUGUGGGCAACAAAAUUAUUAAUAUGGGCAGACUGACCACUAUUGUAUGUGAAAUAAUGAACUGCUAUACAUCAGGAAACUGCAAGACAUAAGAAAUUGUGUUUCUCUAACAGAUAUUUUCCUGUCAUCUUUGGUUACCUUUGUAAUCUGUUGUAAAUGAACAUACAAUAUUGCCAAUGGAUACAAAGCUUUCACGUUCAAAAUAGGAAAAAGAAAUCCCAACUCAGUCCUAGCUCUUUCAGUUAGAACUGCACUGGUAGGCUGCAAACACAUUUGGAAUAUACUUUUAUGUUCUUAUUCUUGUUCAAAGUAAUAAAGUCAGAUGUUUUCUUAUAUUUUCAUAACAAUAUUUUCAAUAGCUGCAAAAGAUGCCUCUAUACCCCUACUGGUAGGAACUAGUAAGUUUAUGAAAUGUUUAUGCUCGGAGGAGGUCCUUUCUCUAAUUCCCUCUUACCAGAGGCAGAGAUUGCAAAUGACCAGUGGGAUUUCUUCACCAGAGUAAACUAUCCUUGAUACAUGAAAUAGGAUCAAUUUUGACUAUACCUAGUACUUGUGUAAGAUUUAUAAACAUUGUAUUCUGAUCAGACCUUUAUGGAUCAUUAGAGUAACAGUAAAUUCAGUGAAUUUGUAAUAUGGCUUCACAUUCACAACAAGUUUAAAAUUAGAAAGCUGUUGUAAUGGUACCAGUUAUGCAAAGUUAAACUUUGUUCGUGCUGGAUAGGUGUGUGAGGCUGUAAGGGGUACUCUCCAUGAGCUAGUAAAAACCUUCAGAAUGGUAGCAUCUAAGUUGGUAGCUUCACACUUUUACCAGUAUAGGUGAACAGAAUACAAAUGGCAGCAUGGUGUUCCCUUCAUUCCACAAAAUGACAAAUGAUAGGCAGAUUUUAUGGUGGAUGGUCAAGUGUGUCUUUCGUAACAAUUGAGAACUUCCUAUGUACAUCUAAUACAGAAAACCAGAAGUGGUAUAAGGAGAUGUAUGUAAUUGCAGGCAUAUCAGCUGUGAGAGCUGCUAGUGAUUGUGUUUCAGAGCUGUGCACAAUUGUCUGUGCCACAUUGCUAGAUUAGUUCGCAAUCUGAUCACUGUAGUAUCUGAAUUUUUGUUACUAAAAAGAAAAAAAUGCUUUUGUGUUUCAGAGCUGUGCACAAUUGUCUGUGCCACAUUGCUAGAUUAGUUCGCAAUCUGAUCACUGUAGUAUCUGAAUUUUUGUUACUAAAAAGAAAAAAAUGCUUUUGUAAACUAUUCAUCACUUUGACCAUGGUACUGCCAUACUGCUUUUUGGAAAACCUGCAAAAGUAACUCAGAGUUAUCUGCUGUGUGUAUUCAGAGGACAAAUGAUAAAUGAGCAGUUGUCCCUGUAGUUUGAAGAAGCACAGUUUGAUAUAUGUUGGCUAAUUUGUUAUGUAGCUUGUUGUAUAUGAUGCUGUCAGUUUUCUUUCUAAUGCUAGCCAAUAUUGUAAUAAUUAUUUUCUUGUGACAUUAUUGUAAUACAUACUGCUCUGUGCACAGCAGAGAAGUAACAGUAUAUGAAUGCUCUGCACAAGUUAUAAGCCACAUGAUAUAUUGUC